CGCUCGCCUCCCCACCCCCAUCCACCCGACCCCCCAUGUCCGACUACUCCACCUCCUCCAAGCAGAACGAGUUCGAGGUCUCUCUCAAAGGCCUUCCUUCACCCUCGUCCGGCACGCGGGGCCUGCUCUCCUCCUUUGGCCUGAGUGGCGGCCGGUCUCAGACCCAGUCGUCCUCCAGCUCCUCAUCCUCUUCGUCCUCCCAAAACGCCAUCCGCGCGAGUGCUAGCAGCCAAGGCGUGGUCUUCUUCUGACCCGCUGACCAUCUCGAUCUCGACUUCGUUUUUCUUUUGAUUUUGCAGCGUCCGGGAGGAUCCCCCCCAUCGUGGCCCAGAGGAGAUGCUAAUAGAUUGUGGCCCCAGGAUUACAGCGCGUCUCACUUUCAUAGACACAACCACCCACUCCACCACCCUACAGUUCGUUCACCACACCUGUUACCCAGCCCACCCCACGUCAGGAUGACCAUAUCGUAUCACAUCAGCGCGCGCCGUCCGUUCGCGCCUCUGCCGCCCCCGCCCCACAUCGGACAGAUAUAAGAGUUGCCACGGAGACGUGCGAGGAGCGGACGCGGUGGACGCGAUCCACGUCGGCGUCGGGUGCGCGCGCUCGGAUCGAAAGACGUUGGAAGUUGACAGGAGCCAAGAUAGGAUAGAAGGCGACUCUUCGUUGGAGUGACCCGCUCGGGUUCGCGAAGCCUCGUCGGUGGCGCAUCGCUUCAGUGACAGUGCUUGCCCGCCCCCACCCACUACAUUCCCAAGCUAAUCGUUCCCAUGAUUCCGCCUCAUCAUACCCCCUACUUUAUUACUC